AUGGACACAAAGGCGUGCAUCUCGCUUGUAAUCCUCGCGCUCCUGCUCGCCGGCCCGGACACGAGAGCUGCGGCGCUCGCCCGCAUCGACGCGGCGGCGGCAGUGAUGCCAACGUCGUCGGCGACGUGGAUGAAGCUUGAGGACGGCGUGGCGCCGGAGCUCUUGGGUUCGACGGCGGUGGACCUGGAGGGGCACCGCCGCGUCCUUGCCAGCACAAGCAUCACCGCGAGUUCCCUGAACCCCAACAAGGCAGCCUGCACCAGGACGUGCCCGGCGCGAGGACGGCCGUACACCGGCCGGGCAUGCCUCAGAAGCCAUGUCAUUUUCGCAUAUCCAUUAUUAGAGCCGGAGCCGGAGGCUGCUAUCCCCCAGGAGACGGACGUUGUCUACAUCCGCGAUGACGGGUAG